AUGAAGAAGGCACUCACCGAGAUCCGGAAAGAUGGUGGUGGUGAUGGGUGGUCUGGAUGUGUAGUCCUCACCAUAUUGCAAUUGUGCAAGAAGGAAGAAGAUGCCAAAGCAAAUAUAACGCAGCGAAACAUCACCAUCAUCAUCAUCUUCCCAAUGAAUUACUUAAGGUACACUUUACAACCACAAUCAACGCCGCCACCAUCAUAG